AUGGCCCGCAUCGCUACCGUCUUCCUCGCCACAGGCGUUCAAGGCACCUCCGUCGUCCAAGCCCUGCUAAAGGACGGCACCUUCAAGCCUCGCGCUGUGACGCGCAAUGCUAACUCCGACGCCGGGCGCUCCCUCGCUGCCCUCGGCGCCGAGGUAGUGGAGGCCACGUUCGACAACAAGGAAGCUCUCAAGCGCGCUGUUACCGGUGCGGAAUGCGUUUUUCUGGCUACCAUCCCUACCCCGGGAGGUCUGCCCGAGCUCACGCAGGGGAGGAACGUUAUUGAGGCUUGCAAGGAAGCUGGCGUGAAGUUUGUUGUUUUGAGUUCUCUUCCGAGCCUGAACGAGCUCUCGCACGGCCAGUACACCCAUGCGCUGCACUUCGACCACAAGGCGGCGCUCCAGAAGGACCUCGAAGAGUCCGGGAUCCCCUGCGCAUCUGUUUGCCCUGGCUCUUUCCUCGAGAACAUCUCGCGCGGCAUGCUCGGUUGCCCCUUCGAGGAAACGGAUGCGCACUACAUCCUCCACACCCGCGAGGUCGCUGGCCUCCCGGUCGUACAGACCUGGACUGGCCGCGACAUGGGGCGCGCCGUGGCUGCGCUCUUCACGCAGUACGACACGCGCGGGCCCGAGAUCGUCAAGAAGACUUUCGUGCUCGGUUGCCAACGCGCUACAACGGAAGAGGCGGCGGCGGAACUGGCUAAAGGUCUAGGCAAGCCCGUCGAAGUCCAGCGCCUUGGUGCAUUUGGGAUCCCGCCCAUUGAUGAGAUGUGGGCUGCCGCGGCCGAGUUCGACUGGUACCCUGGCGUCGACGUCCCGGACAAGCGUCUAGCUGCGCUAGGCGUGGAGGUAGGCACUAUUGAAGGGUUUGGGCGGGAAGUGCUGAAGGGGGCGCGCGUGGAAGCGAGGGCAGCGGCGUUCCAUUGAGGGUGCGCAGGCGCUCUGCCUGGUGCUAUUGCAACCGGAUCACUCCAAGAAAGAGAUGUAUCGAACGGUUUUCCUUAUUGUUUAUUCAGAUUCAAUGGUCUUCCCAG